AUGUUUGUAAAUCAGGAGUAUCCUUGGCUACAUGCCACUCCAGUUUCUCUGUGCAGCUGCAGCUGUGACUGUUGUGGUGAGGGGUGUGGCGAAAUUAAGUGUCCUUACUGUUUAAAGGACUUGGAUUUUCAAGAAUACCUCACUAAGCAAGACGAUCAAGGAAGACCAUCAAUAUUAUUAUCAACUCCAACAGCAACUCUUUACAAUUGGGAAAAAGUACAAUGACUUUGUUGUUUGCAGUUUGAUGCUGGGGCAGUAUGUUUUUGCAGGAAUGAAACAGGAGAGGCUGUUGUUCAUUGUUCUAAUACAGCAUGCCCUAUUUCAUCUUACCACUUGUCCUGUAUUAAACUCACAGGAGUGCCAAAGAACUAGGUGUGCCCUCUGUGCCACAAAGGUUCACCACCUCAAAGGCCAUCAAAAUUCAAAAUCACCUCAAAGGCCAUCAAUGUCAGAUGACACAACAAAGAAAGCU